UUUUCAUUUCAGGCACGAUUGGUGGGCUGUAACUUUCACUGGAAGCAAGCCGUCUUUCGGAGAGUACAGGCUGUUGGUCUGACAGCAGCGUACACAACGGAUGAUGCCACAAGGACGCUACUCCAGAAGGUCAUGGCUCUGCCAUUCCUGCCACUAAACGAAGUGGUGCCAGCAUUCCAACUGCUUCGGCAACAGAGCAGUACGCCACCACUUGAUGAGGUAAAUGUGCAUACCGAUAUAACCUGUAGAAUAACAAUAUAUGCUUAUAUCUUCCAGCUCUUUGCCUAUGUAGAGACUACAUGGAUAAAUGGGCGUACGUGGCCUGUUGGGGCUUGGAAUGUCUACGGCAGGUCAAUCAGGACAAACAACUGUGCCGAAGGGUACAAUCAUCGCCUCACAGUUAGGGCUGGGGGGAAGAGCAUGGGGCCGUACCAGCUGGCAGCACUGCUCUUCAGAGAGGCCCAGCUGGUGGACAUGACCGUCAGGCUGGUGAAUAGACACCUCAUCACCAGGAGGCAACGGCAGAUGACAAGGACACUACAAGCCCGCGUUUUUAGAGCGUGGGAGUGCCACAGGACUGGAGACAUGACCACGCCUGAGCUUCUUAGUGUCUGUGCUCGCACAUAUGGGCAAGCACCAUAGAAAAACGUUGAUUGGCAUUAAACCUGUAUUACACACACUUGUAUUAUACAUGUACAUAGAGUGCAUACCAAACAGUCACUGUAACUCUGUGACAUACUUUUAAUUGAUAUUAUUCAUUAAUACAAAAGAUUAUUUUUGCUAUGAUACUUGAUUAUGAUAGGCCUGAGGGAGACGAGCAUGAUUUGCAUCAUAAAAACAUGUUCUUUUCUCUUUUAUCAGUUUUUACCGUAACACUGCGACAUUUUGAUUCUAAAUGGUCACUGAAGCGUAACACUCUUCAAUAAUUAAAAGUUGAACAUAUACCUGUUAAUUAUGAGUAUGUGGAUUCGUACAUGUAUGUAAGAAAUCAAAGUUGGGCAUUGUCUUGAUCUAACUACUAUUACAUUACUUAACUAUUGUCAUAAAUUAACAAUAUUUAAUUAUGCUAGUUAUUUUAGCAGAUAUUAGCAAUAUUAGCAAAUAUUCAAUAUUUUGAAUUUUGAACCUUGAAAUUAUCAUGGGUUGCCCAUUUGAGAUUUAAAAAUACUAGGUCCUCUAACAAGUCUCAUCAUUGGAUUUAUUUGAACAAUGAAGCAAGACAGUUAUUGUGCCACAGAGGCACAAAAUUAUUAAAUAGUUUGAAAUUGAGUGAUUUAAAUAUUCAGUUUAAUGAUAUUUGUAUAAAACCAUAUGAAACAUUUUUUAAAGAUUAUUUUAAUUUUAAUAAAUGUAUACAGGUAUAGAAAAUCAUGUUUUCCAAUUAUGAUUUUACUUUUUUUUUAAACAUUUUUUAAAAAAGUCUUUAAUAUAUAUAAAUAUCAGCAAUAGUACUACAUUUGUAAUUAUUCUAACUUUUUAAAUACAAUAUUUAUUAUUGCAAUAUCUUCGUAUGUGCAAUAUUACAAGUUUACAUUGAGCUUUCAAUACCUUUUUCCAAUCAUUUAUCUUAUAAAAUAGAAUACCUAUUCUACUUUAUAUUCUUGUAGUAACUAUCAGUAUUUCAAAUCCAUAUUUAUAUACGUUUCUCUUAUGUCUUACGUUAAGCUUUUAAGUUUUUUGUUCAUCUCCUUUUAUUACUUUGUUUUGUUACUAUUUGAAUGGAUUGGAAAUAAAGACUGAAUUGAAUUGAAUUGAACCUUGCUUGAGACUCUUAUUUGCAGCCCUGGCACUGAGAAUUUUGACCAAUCUGCCAAUAGGCAAUACCAAUUUGUCACAAUGGUUUGAACUGAACACGGAUCGUAGACAGUAUAACAGGCAUGCAUGGUAAAAUUGGUAAUUAAUGAGUAUCGAGACAGAUUGGAUGGGUCUCACUCAGAGUACUCAGUCCCUUUCUGCUGUGCUAUACAAUUUAUUUAAUACCAAUUUAUCUCUU